AUGGGGGUCAACAAGGCUCUGGCAACCUGCUCUUCUCAUGUGAUUGUGGUGUCCCUCUUCUAUGGAUCAGCCAUCAGCAAAAGUCUCUGCUCCCCAGAAGAAGAUAAGAUCCUGGCUGUCUUCUACACCAUCCUCAUCCCCAUGCUCAAUCCCAGCAUCAACAGCCUGAGGAACAAGGAGGUGCUGGGGGACAUGGGAAGAGUGUGUCAGAUGCUCUCCUCCAGAAAGAAGUGCAGUACAGAUGGACAGGAAAACAGAAGCAGCCAGGGCUAUUUCAUUCUCCUGGGAUUUUCUGACCACUCUCACCUGGAGAGGAUCCUCUUUGUGGUCACCCUGGUAGCCUACCUGUUGACCCUGGUGGGCAACAGCACCAUCAUCCUAGUGUCUUGGCUGGAUCCCCUGCUCCUCACACCCAUGUACUUCUUCCUCACCCACCUGUCCUUCCUGGACAUCAGCUUCACCACCAGCUCCAUCCACCAGCUGCUCCACAACCUUCGUGGCCAUGAUAAGACCAUCAGCUAUGUGGGCUGCAUGGUCCAGCUCUUCCUGUUCCUGGGCCUGGGUGGAUUGGAGUGUCUACUGCUGGCCAUCAUGGCCUAUGAGUUUGUGGCCGUGUGCAAGCCCCUGCACUACAUGACUAUUAUGCAUCCACAACUCUGCCUGGGCUUGGUGUCUGUGGCCUGGAGCUGUGGGAUGGCCAUUUCUUUGAUCAUGUCACCAAUGAUGUUGUGGCUACCUCGAUGUGGGCAUUACAAGGUAGACCACUUCCUGUGUGAGAUGCCUGCCCUGAUCCGGUUGGCCUGCAUCAGCUCUGCUGCCGUGGAGGGCAUCGCUUUCAUUCUGGCUGUGGGCAUUGUGCUGUCUCCCCUGGUCUUGAUAUUGGUGUCCUAUGGCCACAUCGUCAGGGCUGUAUUCAGAAUCCAGUCAUCCUCAGGAAGACACAGAAUCUUCAACACCUGUGGCUCCCACCUCACCGUGGUCUCCCUGUUCUACUGGAACAUCAUUUACAUGUACAUGCAGUCAGAAAGUAGGUCCUCCCAGGACCAGGGCAAGUUCCUCACCCUCUUCUACAACAUUGUCACCCUCCUGAAACCCCUGAUCUACACCCUCAGAAACAAGGAGGUGAACGGGGCACUGAGAAGGCUGCUGCUGGGGAAGAGAAAGGGGAGCAAGGAGUGA